ACCGGUAAUAAACUGCUUUACUUUGGACACAAUCAUAGAUUUUAAUGCAACUGUUAAAUAUAAAGCAUUAAGGUUACAGGUUACUUGAGAAAGGGACCCUAAACCGAUAACUUUUCAGUUUCCACCCAUGAUUCAAUAAAAGAAUCAUAGUUUCCACCCUAGUUCUAUCCAUCAAUUUUGCGAAGAAGCGGAGACACGUCAAAUGUAAAAGUAAACAAAACUGGAAGAAAAUCAGCUGGGAAACUAACGUCAAAGUGUAAACAAAAUUUUGGAAAUGGCAGGAGCUCCACAAACAAAACGCUAUCGACGGGAGGAUAAAAAUAAAUCUUCAGAUGAAGAGGACGACAACUAUGUGCCCUAUGUUCCGGUUAAGGAACGCAAGAAGCAGCAGCUAAUGAAACUGGGUAGAAUUGUUCAGAUCACCUCAGAGGCAGCCGCACAGCCAAAAUCAUCGAGUGAAAAUGAAGGCGAGGAGGAGUCACAGGGUGCCACCGAAGCUGAGCUGUGGGGACGUAGGUAUAAUAUCAGUUUGCUGGACCAGCAUACUGAGUUGAAAAAGAUAGCUGAAGCGAAGAAAAUUAGUGCAGUCGAAAAGCAACUAAAAGAGGAAGAAAAGAUCUUAGAAAGCGUGACACAACAAAAGGCUUUAAUGGGCGUAGCUGAGUUGGCCAAAGGUAUUCAAUAUGAAGACCCUAUAAAAACCAGUUGGCGCCCACCUCGCUACCUUGCUGCCAUGACAGAAGAACGACGAAAUGCAAUACGUAAUCGUUUACGUAUUCUAGUCGAGGGUGAGGAUAUAGCGCCACCAAUACGUAGCUUCCGCGAAAUGAAAUUUCCUAAAGGCAUUUUAAACGGACUUGCUGCAAAGGGAAUCAAAAAACCUACACCAAUUCAAAUACAAGGUAUACCCGCAGUAUUAUCUGGACGUGACUUAAUUGGUAUAGCUUUCACUGGCUCAGGAAAGACACUCGUUUUUGUUUUGCCAAUUAUCAUGUUCUCACUGGAGCAAGAGUAUCGUCUUCCAUUCGAGCGGAAUGAAGGCCCAUAUGGACUCGUCAUUUGUCCAUCACGGGAACUGGCGAAACAAACUUUCGAUAUUAUCUUGCAUUAUAGCAAACAUUUGCAACAAUGUGGUAUGCCUGAAAUAAGAGCUUGUCUAGCUAUAGGGGGUCUACCCGUUUCUACCGCAUUAGAUGUUAUACAACGUGGGGUGCACAUCAUGGUAGCAACACCUGGCCGUCUGAUGGAUAUGCUGGAAAAGAAGAUGACUACUUUAGAUAUAUGUCGAUACUUGUGCAUGGACGAAGCAGAUCGAAUGAUAGACAUGGGUUUCGAAGAAGAUGUGCGUACGAUAUUCUCAUACUUCCGAGGUCAACGACAAACGCUCCUUUUCUCUGCUACAAUGCCAAAGAAAAUACAGAACUUUGCACGCUCAGCUUUGGUAAAACCUGUAACAAUAAACGUUGGACGUGCUGGUGCGGCUUCGAUGAAUGUUACACAGGAGGUAGAGUACGUUAAACAGGAGGCCAAAGUUGUGCAUCUUUUGGAUUGUUUGCAAAAAACUACACCACCGGUACUCAUAUUCGCUGAAAAGAAGCAAGACGUCGAUUGUAUACAUGAGUAUUUACUACUUAAAGGUGUUGAAGCUGUCGCGAUUCACGGCGGUAAAGAUCAAGAAGAGCGUUCCCGUGCAGUAGAGGCUUAUCGUGAAGGGAAGAAAGACGUGUUAGUAGCUACUGAUGUCGCCUCCAAAGGAUUAGAUUUUCCAAAUGUGCAACAUGUCAUAAACUAUGACAUGCCCGAUGAUGUUGAAAACUAUGUACAUCGUAUUGGUCGUACCGGACGUUCAAACACUAAGGGAUUAGCAACAACUUUUAUCAAUAAAACAGCUGAACAGUCCGUAUUGUUAGACUUGAAGCAUCUGUUAAUCGAAGCUAAACAAAAGGUGCCCGAAUUUCUCAAUGAGCUAUGCCCUGAGCCAGAAAAUUAUUUGGAUCUUGGGGAUUCGCAUGGUUGCAGUUAUUGUGGUGGCUUAGGCCAUCGCAUUACUGAAUGCCCGAAGUUGGAAGCCGUACAAAGCAAACAAGCUUCAAAUAUCGGACGGCGGGAUUAUUUAUCAAAUACAGCUGCAGAUUACUAAAGUCGAUCAAAAUUUUACUGUUUCAUAUUCGCAUAAAAUCAUUGUAGUUCAUAAGUUUCUCAAUAUGUAUGUAUGAUUAUAAGCGUGUCUUUUUCUUAUUAUUAUGGACUUCAAUUUUACAAUUUAUGAGACAGUUUGUCCAUCCUGUAUACCAAAAUACCCAAAUAAAGUAAUUGAUAAAGCAAGAAAAUUAAAAACAA